AUGUUUUCCCUCCUCGCUGUCCUCGCUCUAGCUUGCACCCAUGCUCUAGGUAUCAGCCUGGGCUUGAUUCUUCCCGGCAACAAUGUCUGGCACUCUUUGACUUACACUAUCACCGUUCCUCCUGGCCCGAGCUCGGCCGUGACGUCUGGGCCUUGGUUCUUCUGGGCAGGGCUUCAACCAGAGGGCGGAGGAGUCGUCCAGCCUGUUCUGCAGUGGGGUGAAAGCCCGCCCAGCGGUGAGGUCAACCCCAACGCAGCUUUUCCCCAUAUUUACCAGAUGGUGCUGUGGACUGUACCCGCCGGGGAUAAGAACAAUGAUCAGGCGCGUCAUCCUGAGUUGAGCGCAAUCAGCCAGGGCAUUUGGGCGGACGAGGGAGCCAAGAUAACCAGCACGGUCACCUUCUCCGGAGGAAAAUGGACUCAGACGGCGAAAGUUGUGAGCGGUGGUGGAUCUGGUAAUUCUGUCAGCCAGACCAUUACAGCCACACAAUACUUCGACAUGAACGGUGCCACUGAUUCUCAUGCGAACUUUUUCGUUAUCGAGUCCGAGUUGGAUGGGCAGCAGACCGGCGACUGGAACUUUGAUGUCGUCUUUACCGAUAUCUCACUGACAGCCAUGACAACCAAUGGCGUCAGCGCGCUUUGCUCUGGUGCGACCUCUCACUCCGACGGUAACGGAUUCAUCACUAUUUCGGGGUAUUCACUUUCCUCUGACGGAAAGACCUGCAAUUGGAACAAGAUAACGCUGUCUCCUCCGUAA